GUUACACGAUGUAUUAUACAUGGAAGUACACCCUAAGGUUGUUUGUACCUAUCGUAUCGUAACUUCUAUUCCUUAUCUCCUCGCCUCCAGCCCCGAACCUCUUACACUUAGUUGACAUCUGAUUUACUGACUUACACACUUGCAUUACAUCUGAUACUUCAUCUUUCCCACACAUUCUGCUUAAUUCCUAGCCGCACCAAACCAGCUAUUACUCACGGGAUCGUUCUAUAAUUGGAAAGAUGGCGACCAAAGAAGAGAGUCCUGUUGAGGAUAAGGAUGCACUUGACACGCUUGAGACGGAAGCCAAGGAGUUCGACAAGGAUGCUGAGAUAGAUCGCAUCCUAAAAGCUUUCCGUUUAGAUGCCUACGCAGUCCUCGAUCUGAACCCUGGUGUCCCGGAAUCCGAUAUCAAACUAGCCUACCGCAAGAAAUCACUACUUAUCCAUCCGGACAAGACGAAGAAUCCUUCUGCGCCGGAAGCCUUCGAUCGGCUGAAGAAGGCGCAGACCGAGCUGAUGGACGAGAAGCACCGGGAGCGGCUAGACGAGGCCAUCGCGGACGCGCGCAUGCUACUGAUCCGCGAGAAUAAGUGGACGGUCGACAGCCCGGAGCUGAAAACGGAGGACUUUGCAAAGAAGUGGCGCGUGAAGACACGCGAGGUCCUGAUCGAUAACGAGCUAAGACGAAAGCGUCAGAUGAAGGCCCAGAUGCAGGAGGAGGGCCGCGAGCAGCGCAAGGUCGACCAGGAUCUCGAGGACCGCAAGCGCAAGAGGCAGCACGAGCAGGAUUGGGAGAGCACCCGAGACCAGCGCAUUGAUAGCUGGCGCCAGUUUCAAAAGUCCAAGUCCGGCGACGAUAAGAAGAAGAAGAAGAAGCUGAAGCCGAUUGGUUGAGUGCGGGAGCAUCUAGAUGGGGGGAACUAUGCGGUUGCACAUAUGCUUGCUUGCUUACACGGGAAUCGCACGCUCGUCGACCCUAGGUCAGAUGAAUGGGUGAUGGAUGACUACAUACGUCAUGGGUUACUACGUGAGUUCUAUUUGAUAGACCGAAAGAAAUACUUAUGAGCCUAACUCCCUUAGUGACAUUGAGACCGAGUUUUUUU